CGCCCCAGCUAGUUGGAGAUAUAGGGGUUUGUAAUGAGCUUGAAAGUUUUGGCGGUUCUAAAAAAAGGUAUAGAACGUUCGGCAAAGAACCUAUAAGGCGGGCGGGCAAGGAAAACCCCUACAGCGCUUUGAAAAAUUGCAAAAUGUUUUUCCAGAAUUAUGACUGUUUCCGACAGAGUGUAAAAUGCUCAAAGGGUACUAGAAGACUCUGAAAGGGGUGCAAAGAUUAAAGUACCUCCCUUCCAAGGAUUGCUCAUACACUUUCACGAGCUUUUGAAAUUUUCCCUGAGUCUAGAAAGAGAGCGAACUUCUUGCAUGCAACGUAUAGGUGACAACUAUAAUCGCACCAUCAGCAAAAAAGGACAAAUGCCAUUGGUUCUUUGGUGCAUAAAACGUCAACCUUUGUUAAAGUACCGUUAUGACAAGAAAUGCAUUUGUGCAAAGUACCAAUUAAGUUUAAAUGCCCGUUCACCUAAAAAGAGAUGGAAGCGAUAUUGAAAGUCCAUUGUCGAUUGCUUUUCCGGAAAAGAAAUCGUUAAGGUUUCACCUACGAGACGUCGUUGCGUAACAGCCGAAUUGAAUUAUCAUCAAAAAUCCGUAGUCCAUCGGAAGAUUCCCCCAACACAUCCGAUACGAAAAACCAGGUCACCAUCUCGCCAGUUCGCUCCACUUUUGCGGAUUAUAUCUUCAACUUUCUACCCGUCCGCAUUGCAAAACGUUAAUGAGAUGUUACGAAAUUGCAAAUUAGAAAGGGCCCAUUAGUACCUCACCAUCCAGCAGCCCCACCAAGCCACUUUCUUCUUCUUCGCUCCGUUGCCCAAUUCCAAGGAAAUCGCGUGGUACACUUCGAGACUUGAAGUCGGCAGUUUUUCGCAGUAGGCAGUGAUCUCGUUUCGUGGCGGAAAUGGAGCGAAAAAUCGUACCGAAACUGAGGCAUCCCUUCCUGAACGGGCUGAAGGAACUUCCCGAAGGGAGGACGAAGGAUUUGAAGGAGAUCAGGUCGUGGAUGGAAACUCAACCCCACCUCCCGCACAUAUCAGACGAGUACAUCUACCUUUUCCUGCACUCCUGCUUCUACGACCAGGAGAAGACGAGACAGACGAUCGAGAACUACUUCACGAUCAGAGCGAAUACUCCGAGCCUCUUCGCCGAUCGAAACGUGUACUCGGAUAGCAUGGAAUUCGUAACGAAGCUAGCAUGCUCGUUUAAGUUGCCAACGAAGACGCCGGAGGGGUACACGGUCGUCAUGUACAUCCCACGCGAGCGGGAGAACUGCGAGUACGUCUUCAGCGAUGCGAUCAAGGGAUUCUGCAUAUACAACGACAGCAUCAUAUCGGAAGAUGGCCUGGUCGAGGGGUACGUAGUAAUACUCGACAUAAAAAACAUGAAACUGGGACACCUGGUACGAAUCACACUUCCUGCGCUGAGGGCCUUCAUGACUUACAUACAGGAAGCCCACCCCGUCCGUCUCAAAGCGAUCCACGUGACCAAUACCAACGCAUUUAUAAAGCAGUUCAUGCGUCUCAUCGCCCCUAUGAUACGUUCCGAGCUAAUCGGACUGUUGCGGUUUCAUCGCGGGAGUAUACCCGAGGGAAUGGCGUUGGAGAUGUUCCCGAAGGAUCUGGGCGGCGAGGCCCCCACCACGGAGGAGCUCAGCCUCGAGGUUGUUAAGCUCAAGGAGAAAUACCACGAGUGGAUGAUCGAAACGGAGUAUUUCGUCGCCGACGAAUCGAAACGCGCGAGGAAGGGCACGUGGUGGUCACUCUUCUCGGGAAGCAAUGAGAUAGUGCCAAACAGUGACGAUCGCCAGAUCGGGGGAAAGGACCAGAAUGCACUUAGAGAGCUUGAAGUCGACUAGUUUCCAAAUAAUCACCUUAAUUGUAA